AGAACCAAAACCACAAGACCAGGACAGAACUGAGAGGAACUCUGAGGACAAGAUGUCAAACAUCUCAGAAGACGAGUGGAGAGACGCCAUGACCAAGAUCUUUGAGAAGCUAUCAGAUAAUCAGUACAGGAAAGUGAAGGAGCUAUUGAAUGAAUAUGGAUAUGACUCACCAACCAAGAUGACUGCCAAGUUUAAAAAAGAGCUGCCUGAAAAGCUCAUUCAGAACUUUGGAAUAGAGAAAUCCAUUCACUUAGUCAACGAAGCAAUGAAUAAGAUACCAAGGAACGACCCAGGAGUCCAGGACCUUCUGCGUCCUUUUAUGGACAAACUGAAGAGACAAGAAGAAGGUCCAGAGACGAGCAGCCAGCCAAAGACGGAUUCUGCUGGAGCAGAGGAGCCAGAGCAGAACCAAGGUGCUUCAUCUGGAUCAGCUCACAGUCCACAGAAAAUGUUAAGUCCUGAUCUGAGAAAAACCAUCAGGGAUCUGAAGGCCAGUGGAGAUCUGGGUCAGAAGGUUCUGACUGUGAAGGUCGUACAGAAGUCCAACCUAUACCAAUAUAAAACCAAAACCAAUGAGACCAAGUUUUAUUUCUACCUGGGAGUCGCAGAUGAGACCGAUGCCAUCAAAGUUGUGGUGUUUGGAAGAGAGCGGUUUCCAACCAUUGAGGAGGGCCACUUCUACACCAUCAGGGAUCCCCUCAUGGAUCGUCAGGAGAACGUUUUGAAAGUUACAGAAAGGACCAGGACAUCAGAGACCGGCUCGUUGGAAAUUCCCAGAAAUGUGGAGCUGGAAGCUGAAAAACUUAUUUUCAGUCCAGUUUACAGCAUUGGAGACAUCCAGAGCUUUGGAGACAAGAUGCCAGUGAGUGUUGAAGGCACCGUGAAGGAGAUCGGAGUCAUUAAAUCCAUCGAGAUGAAAGCUAAACCGAUGAAGAAAGACAAGCAGAACUUUGAGCUGGAGGACGGUACCGGGUCCAUCACAGUGGACUUGUGGGGUGAAGACACCAAACACCUGAGAGGGAUAUCAAAUGGAGACGUGGUCCUGGUCAACAACUUAAAGACAAACCUCUUUAAUGGCAGAGUUUCUUUAAACUCCACUGACUCCACCAGAAUCAUCAAGGUCCAAAGUGCUCCAGUCCAGGAUGUAAACAUCACGAUCAUAGGAAUCAGUAAGUUUGACAUGAUCGGUGCUGAGCUGGAGGUUCAGAUAAAAAACCAGGUGAAGACGUUGGAAGUUUCCUCUGCCGUCCUGGCCAAAGGGGUUGGUCUCUGCCUGGAGGAUGACUUCAGAGCCAAACUUCUGGAGAAACUCAACCUGAAAGCCAAAGCUCAAAUACAAGGAAACAAGAUCAACCAGCUUAAAGCCGUAGCCUGAACCUCCUCAGGUUCUGAUUCACAUCCACUUCUGUUGGACUCUGUUGCUGCCAUCUAGUGGCAGGACAGAAAAGCUUUCAGCUGGGAUUUUGCUUAAUUUGUUCUUGAUUAUGAAAAAUUGUCUUUGGCUUCAGUUUUAAACUAAAAAUCUGCUGGAAUAAACAUCAGAGAGCUACUUUACUUUCUUCUGCUGCAUCUUCUUACAUUUGGAUCACUUUUACAAUAUUCUAUGCAAAUCAAUGCUGCUAUCUUUGAUCUUAUUGACCUUUGACCCUUUACUUUGAUUUAUUGUCAAAGUCUGAAAUAAACUGAUGCUACAGUUUGAGAAUUA